AUGGCUAGCGACGCCUCUUCUUCUCAGUUCCCCUCAGGCAUUCCCGAUCCACCUAUCUUCAAGAAACUCGGCCUCAAAGACAGAUCCCAUUUACGACAUAACAUCGAAGUUCAAUCAGCCGCCAAUAUGACUACCGAGCAGACCUUCAUUGCUAUCAAGCCUGAUGGCGUUCAGCGUGGCCUCAUCGGUCCCAUCAUCUCGCGCUUCGAGAACCGUGGCUUCAAGCUCGCUGCUAUCAAGCUCGUCACCCCCUCCAAGGAGCACCUCGAGAAGCACUACGCCGACCUGAGCGACAAGGCUUUCUUCCCUGGUCUCAUUGCCUACAUGGGUUCCGGCCCCGUCUGCGCUAUGGUCUGGGAAGGCCGUGAUGCCGUCAAGACCGGCCGCUCCAUCCUCGGCGCCACCAACCCCCUCGCCUCUGCUCCCGGCACCAUUCGUGGCGACUACGCCCUCGAUGUCGGCCGCAACGUGUGCCACGGCUCCGACAGCGUCGAGAACGGAAAGAAGGAGAUUGCCCUGUGGUUCAAGGAGGGCGAGGUCCAGAGCUGGAAGAGCGCUCAGCACGACUGGGUUUACGAGAAGUAG